CAAAUGGUAGAGCAAAGCAAGCUAGUUGGAGCUCAGUAUUGUAAAGACUUUGUACAUUUAAAGUGGAGGAAUGGUAAUGUGGUUCAUGUCCAUUUAGAUGAGAGGACCUAUCAAAACUAUUACAGUAAAGUGAUGUACUAUGUAAAGAAAUAUGAAGAAAGGAGCGAUUGGUUGAAGAAAGACAGCAGGGAGCUAUUUGGAACUGUCCUUGAAAAUAAAAUUGUUGUAGUUGUUGAUACUUCUAGUUCUCUUGAAGGUCGUUUCAGUCUCAUUAAAAGAAAACUCCGCCAGCUGCUACGAGAGCAGAUCCUACACAAAACAUCUUUCAAUCUUAUCCAGUUCAGCACGGAUGUCAUCAAGUGGAGGGACCACCUUGUCCCGACCACACCCCAAAAUAUAUCGGCAGCACGAGAGUGGAUAGAUGGGAUGGGCGUGUCAGGUAGUACUAAUACCCUGGAGGCUCUACAGGAAGCACUGAGUAUCAGUGGAGCUGAGGCUGUUUAUUUCCUCACUGAUGGAAGGUAUUGGAUUUGUAUUAAAAAUACAUGCACAGGAGAAAUGUGUUAUCCACAUUCUCUGUUGUG